AUGGCACCCAGCGCCCCCUUUAACCCCCCGGCUGCUGACCUCCCUGGCAAGCCCCAGGUACCUGAAUGGGUCCCUCCUCCUGUCACCCAGCAAAAGGAGAACUUUGCUGAACUUACCUCCAUUGACCUUUCCCUCCUCGACUCUGAUGACCCCGCUGUCGUUGACGAUCUUAUCAAGCAAGUCAAGAGAGCGAUCCGCGAGGAUGGCUUCCUUUUCCUUGAAAACUACGGCAUCUCGUUGGAGCAGCUUCACCGACAGUUUGCCAUUGCCCAGUACUUGUACAACAACAUCAGUGAGGAAGACAAGGAGCGUCUUCUCUUCAGCCCCGAGACUGGCAAAUGGUCUGGCUACAAGCACCCAUACGGAUUCAAGCGCGCAAAGGGCCCUGCCGAUGGUAUCCAGCAGUUCAACUGGUACAAGUCCGACUGGGACAACCUAAGCGAGCGCGUUCCCACUUGUCUUCUGCCAUUCAUGGACGAAAUCGAGUCGUUUGCCAACUACCUCACAAAAUCUGUCAACCGUAGACUUCUGACGCUCUUUUCCCGCGUUCUCGAGCUUCCAGACGACUACCUCUGGAACAAUGUGCAGUCUCAUGGCAGCCCUACUGGCGAAGGAUAUUUCCGUCACGCUCUUUUCCGCCCUGUGAAGAAAGAGACAGAGGAAUCAUCCAAAGGAAACCGAAGUGAGCCACCCUUGCUUGCCCACUCCGAUUUCGGUCUGACCACUCAAUUGUUUUCUGUGCCUGUAUCCUGUCUUCAGAUCUGGGGGAAGGAUGAGCAGUGGUAUUAUGUUCCAUACAGACCGGGUGCGUUGGUCAUCAACAUCGGGGACACACUCGAGAUCGUUUCCGGAGGACACUUCAAGGCCACUCUUCACAGAGUCUUCAAGCCUCCUGCUGACCAGCUCCACUUGGAACGUUUGUCGUUGGUUUUGUUCAACAGUUCUGUCGGUGACCUCCAAAUGGGUCCUGCUAAGGAGUCUCCUCUCAUUCAGCGAGAAGGUUGUGUCGAUGAGCAGGGCGUCUACCGAGAAUUCAAGAAGCGCAUGGAUAAGGUCGGCAAGGUGCCCACCAACAAGGAGUGGCGUGAGAUUCAGAUUGCGACUUGCGCAGACCCUACCGACAGCAGCCGCAACCGUGUGGGUGUCCAUCAGGCUAUUAUUGAUGGCAAGGUGAUGCAUCAGCGAGAGUACAUGGGAGUAAAGGUUGUUCUCCCCGUCUAA